AUGCCUUGUCCUGCACGAGAGGAAUUUAAGAUCGGCUGGAUCUGUGCCCUACCUAUUGAGGCGGCCGCAGCCAAAGACAUGCUUGAUGAAGACUUUGGACUAUUUGAAGAGCAAGAUGCUACAGAUACAAACUCAUAUAGAUUGGGUCGAAUUGGGAAACACCAUGUCGUGAUCGCCUGCCUGCCCGGUGGACAAUAUGGAGCCUGCGCAGCUACAACAGUCGCAAACAACAUGGUCCGUACGUUCUCAAAAUCGUUACGGAUCGGUCUGAUGGUCGGUGUUGGAGGAGGCAUCCCAUCGACAGAUCAUGAUAUACGGCUUGGUGAUAUAGUGAUUAGCUGCCCGACCGGCAGUUGUGGAGGCGUGGUUCAAUAUGAUAUGGGCAAGGUCACUGCGGACGGUGUAUUUUGCCGAACUGGCUUUUUGAACAGUCCUCCCAGACCACUGUUAACAGCAGUUAACAAUAUGAGGGCUGCUGAGCUAACUGAUGAUCCCCGCUACCCAGAAUAUCUUCAAAGAGCGAUCAGUAGGACCGGACGGACGCAGGCAAACUUUGGCCGACCCAGCUCGCAAAGUGAUCGAUUGUUCAAAACGGAGCAUGAACAUCCUGCUACUGGGAAGAACUGUGAUAGAUGUCCAAGAGAAUGGGAAGAGACUAGACAUGAACGGGACGGUCAGGAUCCGCUGCUACACUAUGGUAUUAUUGCUUCGGGGAAUUCAGUUAUCAAAAACGGUUGCACAAGAGAACAGCUUUGUUUGCAACUUGGGGCACUGUGUUUUGAGAUGGAGGCAGCAGGCUUGAUGUUAGACUUCCCUUGCAUUGUUAUCCGUGGCAUCUGCGAUUACUCUGAUUCACACAAGAACAAGCAGUGGCAAGGUUACGCUGCCAUGGCAGCGGCAGCAUAUGCGAAAGAGUUGCUGGAAUAUGUCCCCCAGGGUCAAGUCUUGCAAGAGAAUCUUGCAGUAGAUGUAUGCGCCGACCCUGGCUGUGGAAAAUCUGUUCUGGCCAAAUCACUUAUUGACGAUGACUUCAAAGCAUUGAGUCCAACAGUGUCGCUCUGCUACUUUUUCUUCAAGGACAAUGAUGAGCAGAACAAUCUUGCUACAGCAUUAUGUGCCAUACUUCACCAGCUCUUUAGCCAACAGCCAAAUCUCCUGCAGUAUGCGGUGCCAUCCUGGAAGAGGAAUGGGAGCAAACUCCAGCAAGAGGCUGGUGAACUUUGGCGUAUCUUUAUAGCAGCGACAUCAGAUCCCACAUCAGCCGUCACUAUAUGUGUGCUUGAUGCGCUUGAUGAAUGUCAUCCAGAUGAUCAAAAGCAACUCAUCUGGAGACUCAAAGACUUCUACAGUCGCAUUGAUUCAUCGAACUUUGAAAACUGGUUGAAGUUUCUGAUAACCAGUCGCCCCUAUGAUGAGGUCGAGGACAGAUUCAAACCUGUCACGGAUUUCUUCCCAUAUAUACAUCUCAAAGGGGAGGAAGAAAACUAUCAAAUCCGCGAAGAGGUUAAUCUGGUCGUAAGGAUCAGAGUGAAGGAGCUGGCUGAAACGGCAUUACUAUCAUCCGAUGUACAGCAGCGGCUUGAGCACCAACUUCUUCAGAUGGAACACCGCACGUAUCUUUGGUUAUAUCUAGCCAUUGAUGACCUCCGCACCACAUUUAAAGACAGUCUUUGGCCAGCCGAGGAAUCAAUUCGAUUGAUACCUCCCUCCGUGGAUGCGGCAUACGGAAAGAUCCUUGCUAGAGUUCCGUCCAACCAAGUCAAUACAGUAAAAAAGAUUCUUCAGAUUAUUGUCGGUGCAAGGCGUCCCUUGACAACACAAGAAAUGGCUACGGCGUUAGGUAUAGCUUUGUACCCAGAGUCGCGGAGUGCAGCAAAAGCUGGAAUUGAUCCAGUACAAUUAGCCAGGAAGAUACGACAACUAUGUGGUCUGUUUGUGUUUAUCAACAAUUCAAAAAUAUACCUUAUCCACCAGACUGCCAGAGAGUUCCUUAUCGGGAGGGAUUUUAUCAGAAAUCCCAAUUCUAUGUAUGCCUUCAACCAGACAGACGCUGAGCGUCUAAUUGCUCGGGUCUGUGUUCGAUACCUGUUGAUGGAGGACUUGGCAGAAAACGAAGGACAAACAGAAAUACAUCACCGAAGUCUUCUGGAUUACUCAGCAGUACAUUGGCCAGAUCAUAUACGAAACAUAUCCUUGGCACAGCAACAAGAAUUUGAUGAUUUGUUAGAUCAAUUAUACAAUAGAGGCAGAACAGGAUGGAUACUUUGGUUCCCAAUAUUUUGGCGGGCUGCGAUAGGCUUUGGACGGAUGCCCAAGAUGGAUGCAAUCCAUCUGGCAGCUUUCAAUGGGCAUACCCGAAUGGUCCAGAAGUUGCUCUCUGGCAAUGAAAAUAAUACAAACAAAGCAGAUAAUACAGGAUCAAAUGCGUUGAUAUGGGCCUCACUGAAUGGACACACAGGGGUUAUUGAGCUUCUAUUGCAACACGGAGCUGAUGCCAACGCCCAGGGUGGCGAGUAUGACAAUGCACUGUAUGCUGCCUCGUCUAAAGGCCAUGACAUGAUUGUACACAUGCUACUGCAACACGGAGCUGAUGCCAACGCCCGGGGUGGAUACUAUGGCAGUGCACUGUACGCUGCCUCAUUCAAAGGACAUGACGAGAUUGUACACAUGCUAUUGCAACACAGAGCUGAUGCCAACGCCCAGGGUGGAGAGUACGGCAAUGUACUGCAGGCUGCCUCGUCCAAAGGCCAUGGCGAGAUUGUACACAUGCUAUUGCAACACGGAGCUGAUGCCAACGCCCAGGAUGGACAGUGUGGCAAUACACUGUACGCUGCCUCAUCUGAAGGACAUGAUGAUAUUGUACAGAUUCUACUGCAACACGGAGCCGAUGUCAACGCCCAGGGUGGACAGUAUGGCAGUGCAUUGCAGGCUGCCUCAUCUGAAGGACAUGUUGAGAUUGUACAAAUGCUAUUGCAACACGGAGCUGAUGUCAAGGCCCAGGAUGGACAGUGUGGCAAUACACUGUACGCUGCCUCAUCUGAAGGAUAUGAUGAUAUUGUACAGAUUCUACUGCAACAUGGAGCCGAUGUCAACGCCCAAGGUGGACAGUAUGGCAAUGCAUUGCAGGCUGCCUCAUAUGAAGGACAUGACAUCAUUGUACAAAUGCUUCAAGCAGAAAAUCUACGUGCUAAAGACGAAAGACCUCUUGAUACAUAA